UUCGCUAGUUGUUCCAUUUUUUGAUUGUCGUCCUUCUUCCAGUUGAGCUAGUCGGUUUCAGUCAGCCGCUACACCUGCCUACCCUUUAGUCGUAUUUAUCCCCCCACAAGUACACCCAACAUGGAUGAUUUUGAUAUGCUGAACGCGCCCGCUGCUGGAAACGGUGUCGGCUCUGAAGAGGACCCCGCUGCCGCUUUUCUGGCUCAGCAGGAGAGCGAAAUAGCGGGGAUUGAAAACGACGAAGGCUUCAGCAUCCUGGACAGUGGAGAGGUGCCCUCGUCGUUGGGAGACUCCACCGAUGGUGCUGUCAAUGGAGAGCUUCAUGGGCUGGAGGAGAACUCUGGUCUGGAACCGUGGUCUGUACCGGAGAUUGACCCAGUUGAUCUGGAAAGCAAUGGUCCAUCUGAUGCCUAUGCAGCAAUUUCCAAUGCAGACAGGCUGCAGGCCGAACCUGAAAGCCUACGCAAGUGGAGGGAGGAGCAAGCCGAUCGGCUGGAGUUGCUAGAUGAAAACUCUCGCAAACAGGAGUCAGAGUGGAAAGAGAAAGCCAAGGUGGAGCUGGAAGAGUGGCACGCCAGGCAGAACGAGCAGCUGGAAAAAACCAAAACCAACAACAGGGUGCUGGAUGAAGACUUCUACAAGCAGCCCUUCUCUGAGCUCAUUGGUUAUGUCACACACAUUAACCAUCCUUGCUACCGCCUAGACCAGGCGGCUGAGGAGGCCAUGAUUUCAGAUCUGGAUGAGAACAACCCCGGUACGGAGUGGGAGCGGGUGGCUCGGCUCUGCGACUUCAACCCCAAGUCCAGCAAGCAGGCCAAAGACGUGUCCCGCAUGCGAUCUGUCCUCAUCUCCCUGAAGCAGUCCCCGCUAGUCCGCUAGGCAGCUAAGGCUGCUCAGGGCGUCAUUCCAUAUCAUCCUCUAUCACCACACACCAACCAACCCAACGACCACAAUCUGUAUUCUGAAGAUGAGGGGGCUUACCCCCUUUCUGUGCAUAUCUGUUUACGAUACACAGCCCUGUCGACCCCCCAGUGGUCCUACCCUCAUUCAUGUCCACCUAGCAAGGCUCUAGAGAUUCGCCUUGAAGCACCAGCUCAUCAUUUUCUUUCACCUGUGUGCUCCUCUUCCACAGACCAGUCCAGACUUUGUGAUGCGUCUCCCUCGUAUGUUAAACAUACUGAGAGCAAGGCCAUUUAAAUUGACACCAGGUCUCGUCUCAGUCUGUGGUUUUGUGUAACACUUGUGUAAGGUUGGUGAGUUGUGACACUAAAAGGGAAGGGUUGAUGUUUGUUUGGGCCUACAGCUACACUACAACCUGCUUCACACGGCCCCCAAACAAUAUCAUUCCCAUGAUGCUGUACUCUUAACUCUUAAUCUCAUGAAUCGUUCUCUGACCUUCGAGGGUUGAUAGAUGUUAAAUGGUUUUAUUCACCCUUUCGUUUCCCAUUCUUAGAAAUUGUCUCUUCAGAAGUUUUCUUUAUUGUUGUUUUUUUAAGGACCAAACUCUUAAGACAAAACUCCAAAUUCAGUGUGAGUACUUUGAUCUGUGUAUGUAGUGCCUGUUUGUGGCAAAUUGUGUUAAAUUUUCCAAUCUAUGCAUUUCUUUUUGAAAAGCCUCGCCCCUCUCCAGUCAGGAACUGAACAAAGUCCAGUCAUUACAAGAAAUAUGACCCGUUUGUGUGUGCGUUUAAACCUCAACAGUGUGUGCGUGUGUGUAUGUACUCUAUGCGUGUACCUAUGUACAUAUACAGAAGGCAAUAUAUAUACAUUAUAUAAAACGUUUAUGUCACUGAAAUUAGACAGUUGUGGUUUUAAAGAGAACUAGAUAUUAGCCAGCUGUUGCUUGACCAUGCGUGUUCAUUGUCCAUUUGAUUUCAAUAUCAGUAAAAAAGUGAAUAAACAUGUUGUUUGCUCAUUCUUUAA